GGCAAUGUUGCAAGCUGAAGCCCCUUGGGGUCUGGGCUUUGCAACUGGCUAAAGUGGAAUUAUGUCUGCACUUCGAGGCUGCACAGUUGUGACAGAGACAUGACUUGAGGGAAUAGCGUUUAUCUCCACAAUGUCCAUGAACAGUUCCGAACAGCCGGUGUCUCCUGCAGCUGGACUCACCGCAAACACUACCUGCCAGACGGAGAAUCGGCUCUCAGUGUUUUUUUCAAUCAUCUUCAUGACAGUGGGGAUCUUAUCCAACAGCCUGGCCAUCGCCAUUCUCAUGAAGGCGUACCAGAGGUUUAGACAGAAGUCAAAGGCUUCCUUCCUGCUCCUGGCUAGCGGCCUGGUGAUCACAGACUUCUUUGGCCACCUCAUCAAUGGAGGGAUAGCCGUCUUUGUAUACGCUUCCGAUAAAGACUGGAUCCGCUUCGAUCAGUCGAACAUCCUGUGCAGUGUUUUCGGAAUCUCCAUGGUCUUUUCUGGCUUGUGCCCACUUUUUCUAGGCAGUGCCAUGGCCAUUGAGAGGUGUAUCGGGGUCACCAACCCUAUAUUCCAUUCUACAAAAAUCACAUCGAGACACGUGAAGAUGGUACUGGGCGGCGUGUGCAUGUUUGCCGUUUUCGUGGCUUUGUUACCCAUCCUUGGACACAGAGAUUAUCAGAUCCAAGCUUCCAGAACCUGGUGCUUCUACAACACGGAGCACAUCGAAGACUGGGAAGACAGAUUUUAUCUCUUGUUCUUUUCUUUCCUUGGACUCUUAGCUCUUGGUGUUUCGUUCCUGUGCAACGCUGUCACAGGAGUCACACUCUUAAGAGUGAAGUUUAGAAGUCAACAGCACAGGCAAGGCAGGUCUCACCACCUGGAGAUGGUCAUUCAGCUCCUGGCCAUAAUGUGUGUCUCCUGUGUCUGCUGGAGUCCCUUUCUGGUAACAAUGGCCAACAUUGCAAUAAAUGGAAAUAAUUCCCCAGUGACCUGUGAAACAACACUCUUUGCUCUCCGAAUGGCAACGUGGAAUCAGAUCUUAGACCCCUGGGUCUACAUUCUGCUACGAAAGGCUGUCCUUAGGAACCUGUAUAAGCUUGCCAGUCGCUGCUGUGGAGUGGACAUCAUCAGCCUGCACGUCUGGGAACUCAGCUCCAUCAAGAACUCCUUAAAGGUUGCUGCUAUUUCUGAGUUGCCAGCUGCAGAGAAGGAGAGUCAGCAAGCAUCUAGUGAAGCUGGACUGUGAGUCAAUGCAGGGUUAGAAGAAAGUCAUGGAAACUUCUGAAACAUCUCAGCUGAUCAGACUCAGCGUAACUGGAACAUUUGGACCUCUGUGUAGUUCGGGAGUACACUGGUCAGACACAGCUUCUGAAUUUUGUUAUGCUGGCGGCUGCAUGGUUAUGUACUUUCAUUUGUUUCUGUCAACAAGAGAUAAAUAUAAUGUCGUGGAGUUGAGUAGAACGCACAUUUGAGCUUAUCUGUGUGGCUUAUGUUCUUGGAAUAAAUGAAUCUGUUGAGGCCCAGUGCCUUUAUUUUUCCAAGACACUUAAUGCUUAAUGACAUUGCCAUUUUAGGAUUCUCUAACUUACAGACAAAGCUUAAAGUAACACAAGACUUUUUGUGUUUGUGUGUACGGUUCUGCUCUGUCUACCAUCCCUGAGUGUUCUCAAUCAUUAUCUGCGUGACCAUGACAUCUGAGACUCAUGGUGACUUUGAUGGCCACUAUGUAGGCUGCUCAGCCUGACAUUGUGAGGCUGAUGAGGACAAUCAUUCUUGUUACAACUCACAGGUGUGAUUGCUUGCAUUUGUUGCUAUGAAGGUCAGUUAUUGUUUCCAGACUGUUAUCCUCCUAUAAAGUCAGAGGUUCUCAGUGUCUAAGUAAUCUCCCUUUCUUCUGGAAAUUGUAGAGAAAUGCAGGCUUUAUCUUAGCACAGAUUCAGCUCAGGAUAGCACAUCAUAAGCCUUAUUAUGUACGAUGCAAACAUUGAAAUCCUAUGUAUACAUGUCAAGAACAUGGCAAACAUUGCUUUACCUGAACUGUUGUUUCUGUGUCAGAGAAUAAAAGAAAAAAAUCAAGACACAUUCAAAGUCUGUUGGCAGCUAUUGUAUUUCUGCCUUAUACACACAGGCAUAAAGAAGUUCUGUUAACAGCAAUUUGAACCACACUUCCAAAAGCCUAUGUUAUCAGUGAGGACUGAAAAGAUCUGAAAUUAGCUAGGAGUUGGGACCCAUUGUUACGGUUAACCGGAGGCUAAGUGACAAGACUCUGUUGCCAAGUUUCCCAGUCUUAAUUCACGCUUCUCCUUUGUUUGUUUGUAUAAUUUAACACAAAGAUAAUCAGUUUCAGUAAUCAUUCUAAACAGGUCCAUCAGUGACUAGUGUUAGUGGUUAUGUUUUACAAAGAAACGUAUUUUCAUACUUAAAAAUUUUCCUUGCUUUCAUCAAGUUUGGCUUCAUUUUAAAUUAUUACUAAUUUUUUGCAGUGUGUAUGUAUGUUUUACCUGAAUGUAUUUCCAUGCAUUUUGUACCUUCCUGGAACCUACCGAAACCAGAAAAGGGCAUCAGAUCCCCUGGGACUGAAGUUAUAGAUGGUUGUAAGUUACCCUGUGGGUACUAGAAAUUGAACCCAGGUUCUCUGGAAGAGCAGCUGUAGAGGAAUUUUAAUCCAGCAACCUUGUGAAUUCGAUAGACUUAAAAUAGUAACCCCAACAUGGUUUCUCUGGCAAGAGAUCACAUCUGAAGACCUUCUAGGCCUAUAUUACCUAGAUGGAAUGCAGGCAUGCCCUGUAUUGUAGUACAAUCUGGCUGUAAUACAGACACACUCUUUAAUCCCUAACAAUGAAGGUAAAAUUAGUUUGUAGAAGGAAGUACCCACUUUUGAAAGCAAUGUCCAAUUGAGGGGCAGACAGAGUGGUGAAUCAGAAAGUUUUGAAAGAAUGAGUUAGAGAAAGAAUAUGCCCAACUCACAUAAGAACAGGAAAGGAAAGAGAGUAUAC